AUGACCAUCAUCUCUUUGAUCCUCCUGGCCACUUUGCUGCCAAACCUGGGCUUCACUGCUCAUAUAGUGUUUGACAAGGAAGAACAACCCCACUCCAGAUCUUACAUGGUUUCUCUUCAGUACUAUGGGUACCAUAUCUGCAGCGGAUUCCUAAUUUCUGAUGAGUUUGUUAUGACUGCUGAGCAUUGCAGUUAUGAGAUUCUGACAGUUGUGGUAGGUGCACAUGAUCUAACGAAUUGGAGGGAGAAUUCUGUCCAUAUCAGAGUGAGGUCCUACCACAAGCACCCAUACUUUCCUGAAGAUUCCACUAAAGAAAAGAGUCAAGCAAGAUGA